AUGUGAAAAUUUGAAGUCCCUUUUUGUUUUUGCUCGAUUUUAAAGGAAUUUCCAUCGCAGUCACGAGCGAGCUGUCCUCGAAAGUGCAGCCUUCAAACAUGGCCAUGAUCUUCUCAUUCAUUCACACCACGUGUUGAAAACUGCGAGCACAAACGCUCUCAGAUCAACAGAUUUCACUAGCCUUUGGGUCAUCGUAGAAGGAUGGAAGCUACAGUGUUGGACCAGGGUCGGAAAACCUCUAAGAAAUGCCAGAUCGAAGGAUGCCACGAGAUUACAGUCGGAUCACGAACUGCAUUAUGUCGCAAGCACCGAAACAAUAAAUACAAGCAAAAUUACAACAAAAAAAGGAAACGCAAAGCUCUGGGUCCAGAGGUAAGUAUUGCUUACCGAUCUCUUAGCGUAUCAAUGGUGAAGUGUGCUAUUCUUUUGGGGAAUUUUAAUUUCGAUAAUAAAGCUUAUUUCUUCGUUAAGUUAGAAGGCGUCACUCUGUACAGAAGUCACAUGUCUUUGUCAAGCACAUUUCAAUUUUGCCAUAGCUAUUGUUUUAUAUCCUGUAAGCAUUUUGUCCCUUUAUUUCAAAGGCAGAAUUCAACAGGUUUCACUUCUUAACCUUACUGUGGAUUGAUUAUUCCCUCCCCUUCGUUUUUUUUGACCUGGGACUGUGGACUAAAAAUUUAGAAAUGAAGAAAUAAUAUCCGCAUUGCUAAUGUUGGCGAGUUUGCAUUAGGUAUUUAAAUUCCAAUUGCAUUUCAAUCACUUUUAUUAAUAUUUGUCUGGCAUGUGUACCGUUUGAUUUUCACCAGUUAAGUUAAGAAAGAACUUGAACAUUAAAACAGACUGAUGCAUUUGAUUCUUUAUACGGUGAUCAUCGCUAACGAUAGCAUAUGUUUUUCUUUCGCUUUGUAAAUGCCAUUAAAAUAAUUACCAUAAAUGAGAUUACUUCGUUGUCAAUUGAGAAUUAUGAAAAUGUCUUUUUUCCGCAUCUGUCAUGAUCAAUUUGAUGCGUUGAAAAAAAGGGGAAAAUAAUUAAUCCUCUUGUGGUAGUACAAAUGUAUUGCUUUCAAUCCUGGCUAUUAAAAAAGAAAGUUUUUUAGUGGUGAAUUUUGUUUACCUGCAUGUAACUAUUGCAUGCUACAAAAACAUGCUCUUUUUAUUGGGUGAAAGUACUAAUUAAAAUUGCAAGGCUAUUGGUACAUGUACCCUAAAGCAAGUAGUUACCCACUUGGCAAAGUACACGCUCACUGUCCCAGCGGCCAGUUUGUAUUUCCACUCUUGUUUUCAAACUCUUCAGUGGUGACCUCUCCAAAACUGCAAAAGCCACUGAAUUGCAUCCCUCCCAACUACCUGAAAAACCUUUCCACAUUGGCCAGUUAAACAUGAACAAUGGACAAACUGAUGUGCUCAUCAUACAGACUGUGUACCUUACUCAUUUUGUUUUGUCAACAUUUUUGUUCUGGACCUUUGGUUUUUUAACCAUUAACCAAAAGUUUCUGGAAAAUCUAGUUUGAAAGUAUAUAGAAAGUAUCUUUUUGGGUAUAGAAACAGAACAGCUGAAAAGAUAGUCUGUGUUCUUGGUUGGAACGUUCCAAUGGAAAUUUGUCACUUGUUCCUUUCAAACCGAUCAUUGGUACCAGUUUUAGCCUUACUUGUAGGUCAGUUUUUCUGUAAAUGGCAAGUAAUUUUGUUACCAUUUGCCCAAUCUGUGGACCAAAAGCUUUGCCAGUAUAUGGUUAAUGGUAAACAACCUUGAUGUCUCUUGUAUUAAAAUGUUUUGGUUGUAGUAUGCCGUUGACCCUUUAAGUCCCAAAAAUGAUCAACAUCAAUUUUCUCCUGACUUAAUCAAUACUUCUCAAGAGAAAAGGCUAUGAUACAUGUAAUGAAUUUCAUGAGCAUCAUAAUGUUGAAUUGCCGCCAGCCACUUACCUGGGUCCUCAUAGAGGUUAGUUUAAGAAUCAAUAAACUGUGCAUCUUGAAUCUUUCUUUUUGGUUAAAUCAUUGUUUAGGAAAUCCCAGGUGAAUCAGUUGAAAGUCAGUUAGCAGAGGAAAAGUGCUUGAUGGAACAGAAGUAUGCCAGUAUGCUGCAACAAGUGUUGGCCCAGAAACAACUGGUAAGAAAUUGUAGGAAAUCCUUAUGGGAUCCCCAACCCUUUUACUUCCAGAUGUUGCUUAUUAAGUCAAAACUGGCCAAAAAUUCCAAAUUCCAUUUUGUAAAAUGCUGAAAAAAAAAUAGUGCUAUAUGAAAGUGCAGCCAAUUACCUAAGAGGUUUCAGUUAAACGGACACACCUCAGUUUCUGGCACACAGGCUAAAGAGCCAACGUACCCUACAGCCACCUUGAUUGAACUUAUUCCAUUACUGAAUAUCACAAUGAUUUUUUAAUUAAUGGUCAAUCAAUAAUGAUGGACAAAACACUAAAUCUACCGUAUCAAUUUUCUUAUAUCACAGCCUCAAAAUAUUUAUAAGAAUAAGUCCACUGAGAAAAUUUUAACCCUGUUUAUUAUAAAUAACAGUGUCAGAAACAGAUAAUAUGUCUGGCAAUACUCCAUGCAUUUGAGUGUUGUGUUUUUAACUGGUCUGUUAGAAUACCGGUAGUUGACUGUUUUUGUGUUGAAAGGAAUUGUUGCAAUCCGAAAAAGUGAUCCAGGUGCUACGAGACCACCAGCAGAAAGUGAAACAGGACAAAAUCAAAGAAAUUCAGGAAAGAAAAAUUAAGAAAGAACAGGAACCAAAAGAGACUGCAGGCACUCAAGGUAAUCAUGCUGGCAGUGCAUAACCUUUCAUGGUUGCUCACAGUGUUUGAACCUCUGGGGAGGAGUAAGAGGUUUAAGGUCUUGAGUUCUUAAUCUUUUCUUGAGUGGGAGUGGGGAGUGGAAAAUGGCACAAAAAGGGUGUGGCAAGUGUCUAAGGAGUAGGAACCAAGAAAAACUGACAAAAGUGAAGUUCGCAUACAAUGGAACAUGUACACAGCGCCGGGCGGAUAACUUUAGGAAUGGAAUUAAGUGGGAGUGACCCAAAUUUUUUUGUAACCCCACUUGAGUAACCAAAAUAAUACCUUAAAAUAUUUCAACCAAUCAUUUUUAUGGUCAGUUUUAACCUGAGAGAGAGCACAAAAAGGUGCAGUAACCCGGUUGAUACGCGGACACCAGGGACAUGCCAUAGUGAGAAAUUGUCCUUGAUGCAUGAGGUCAAUGUCUUAAUUCCACAGGUUGUGAGACUUACAGAUAAUGUUUGAGAUUUGGCAGGAAUAUUAGUCCCCCCAAAUAAAAAUUAUGAUCUAACUUGAAAAAGCAAAUAAAUUGCAGCAGGCCUAGGGGAGAGUGGAAGAUUCUACUUACUGUAAACUUUUAUAUUUACACUCUUACUGUCUUCAACAAUGAGUUGUUCCUCUCUGUCCCCAUACAUGUUAUACAUAUAAGUCACAUAAGAAUUAGCCAAACAUAUCAUUUGUUUUACAUCGUCUAGUAAUUGCGUCAUUGAGCUUUCUCAUUUAACACUUAAUAGAUCUUCUAAUAGUGUGUAUGUUUUGUUAUUCCAUUUCAGACCUUGUGAUGUUACCUUAAAAACCUCACAUUUCUUACAAAUGUCGUUUGCUUAUGUGUGCAUAUAUUUAUGGAAAACAAAGGCAAAUUCCCUUGGAACAGAACGUGGUCUGAAUUGGGAAAAUAAAGCAUAGAAGCCUUUAGUCUACUAUCAUUAUUUUGAUGUACUUGAUCACUUUUAAACUUCAGAAAAGAAAAGUUGGCAGUGUUCUUUAAUCUUAAUAUUACUGGAUCCUUCUUUUCAGAUUCUGCUGUACCAAAGACAGCAUCAGAAGCUUCUGUUGCAACAAAAGACAGACCAACAGAAAAACCGAAUCCCAAACCAGCAAAAAGUUCCAAAAAGUCAAACCAGAGUAAAAAGAGUCCUGGAAAAGCUGUUAUGCCGAAAGAAAUCAUCCAGAAAGGAAACAGUCUGAACUUUCCUGGAAGCAUACUAAGCAUCUCCAAAGCACCAAGUUGUUCUACUUUUGAUACAAAAGCACUGCACACGGGUGCUACUCUUUCACCUUUGGAUACAAAUGCUGCUUCUUAUGUUGGACAAAAUCUACAAGUCUGUCACAGUGGGUCACAACAGCUUACAUCUCUACAGCCUAAUACUAUGGCAAUCCAGCAAAUACCAAAGAUUGAUUCCAUUUUCAGUUAUCGCCCAAAUGCUUUAGGGAAUGCUAACACCUCAAGCAGUGCCACUAAAAUUUGCAUUGAUUCUGUGAAGGAUCUUUCGCUAGGCCCUUCUGGGAGUGUCGUAACAUCGAUCAUGACUACACCUAAUCAGUGUCAACCUGCUCUGGGUGUUAAUAGCACACAGAUAGCAAGCUCCAAGACAUUGCAAAGUAUUCACACUAUUUUGCUGCAAAAUCCACCACCUUACGAAGUGGCUCAGAAGGGAAGAAUUCCUGGUGUGAGCAUUACCCCACAAGGCAAUCCUGGACAAUUAAGGUUGGCAACACCUCAUACACUAGCACAAGUAACAAAUGGAGGUAAUCUUGUGACUGCCAUAGGGAUGGCACAACAGCAUCAAAUGACAUUUCCACCUGUGAACUUAAACCAGUCAGUGUCAUUGUCUAGUGACCAUAAUACCACUUCAUGGACAUACACCCGAGUUCCACAAACAAGCCAGGUAAUUGUGAAUAGCAGCAGGGGUAUUUUGCAGAAUGCCAGAUCAAGGCCACCGAAUGCUGAAUAACUCAGCCCUGAAGUUCAGUAAUUAAGGUUAUAAGGAAACUGAUAUGUACUGGGCAGGCUGACCUGGAACUACCUAUAAACCCUAACCACUAAACUUCAGAGUCAUUUUGCUUUCAGCGGCCUUUCAGUGAACCUUAAAAUACCCCUGCUGCUGUGGAUAGUGCAGGAUUUAGUCUAAGUCUUACUAACAGUAGGAUGCUGGUGUGAAGGCCAGGGAGGGGGCAGGUACUCCCUAAAUUGUAAUCAAUACCAAUUUGUCUAUACUAGGAGGCUCCACCCAAAAGGGGUACAUUUUUGAGUCUUCAGGAAAGUGUAGUGAUUUCACUAGUUGAAGUACAUGAAAAGGGUGAGAAAUCUGUCAUGUCAGCCUGAAAAUGGCCCAACAGGGCUAAGAGAUGCAUUUUAUGGCUCUGAAAAAGUCGAGAAAACAUUCUGGUUUCGUGAUUUCUUUAUAUCUUUAAGACAGUGCUUUUACAGCAGUUAAAAGGGAUGAAUAGCUCUAAACUAGGUAUGCAAAGGGGUUCCAUUUGUCAAUAAAAAGUACUUGAAACGGCUGCCUUUUCUGGCAAAAAUGGUAUAUGAAAGGGCAAGGGGUUAGACCUAAAAAAUAAAACUUUGUUGAGUACCCCUCCUCCCCAGUAUGGAGGAUGCUGCCUAGCAAACUUAAUGACAGGGGUGCUAAUUUAAAAAUUUAAAAGACAGCCCAGAGCUGCUAGAAUGAUGUUUGGUACAUGUGACUUAUAUUCUCACUACUAAGAAGUACCAGAAGACAAAGGAAAUGGUAUGAAUGAACGAUAAAAAUGGCAUGAAUAAAUGGUACUGUUUUUGAUUAAUUAUGAUUAGGAGGUUUAGCAUAAAAACAGUUGGAAUCAUUGAUUCUUUACCCUGUGCAAUACGCAAUAAUUUGCAGAUCUUUUUACUACUAAGACCAGUAGUCAUUUUAAUUUUGCUUUCAUAUUUAGAUUUGGUAAUCCCAGUGAGCUUUAACUAUCAAAAGCCCUAUAUGCACAAGAAAGCAAAACCCUCAGGGUGAAGGAUUCUUGUAGUAGUUGUGAAAUGACGUGCAAAUACAAAUGCAAGUGCAAAUGGCUUGUUAUAGUAAAAUCUGCUUUAUUUGUCUUAACAGAAUAUAACACAAAACUGGUCAAACCAAAUCAUGUCAGCAGGACGAAUGCAGACUGCAGCAACAAUACAGGAUGACUUUUUAUUUCAGAUUCUUCAGGUAAUUUUUCUUUCUUAAAAAUGAAAGGAAAAUGUAAACAUUUUGAAGACCGCACAUUGACCCUUUAGACGCCUGACAAUUCCGCUUAAACACAAAAAUGUCGUUGUUUUGUAGUGACAAUAAUUUAUACCUGUAUUAUAUGUGUUAGAGAAUGUAGACUGCGAACAGUCUCUCUUUUUCUUUAACUCGUAGUCUAUAGAGAAUGCAAUCUUUUCUUCUUUUUCUUUUUCUAGGGCAGAGUUGAAAAGGCUCUAUUCUGUGUUGCAUUAUCUCUUCUCUUUAUUUGGCAUUUUGAAUUCCAAAUUCAGAGAAAAAAAAUAGGAUAAAAACUCUGUUUCGUAGAUUUCAGAUUACUAAGUAUUCCAUUUCUUGGCACAGGAGAACAAAGAUCCGCAAGGUGUUCAGUCCCAAACAAACAGCACUCUGACAAGCGUGGAUCACGUGGUAUCUGACCAGCCAUGGACAAUAAGCAUCGGGAUGUGACAUCAGCAGGCUUGGCUACACAGUGUUUUGGACGUGUUUCCCUGUUUUGUACACCCGGCCCCGCUUUUUGAAACGUUUGGUAGCGCUAUCCACCGGAUAAAUAUUUAUACAGUGGCUAAAUAUUAGGGAAACCAAUUGCGUUAUCUACUGGACAGAGGUUUAUCCAAUGGAUAGCGUUAUCCAGGUUUCGAAAAACUGGGCCCAGAACCUUUGGCGAGAAGAGCAAUUUUCACUGUUUUAAAGAAAGACCCGCCUAUUUGACUUGGUGCGCUAAAUGUUCAUAACAACGCACGUUAAACGAUGUU